AUCCCAAUGGGUGACUGGAAGAGCAUCUUACCGAAAAGACUAAAUUUAUGGGUCGGGAUUGUGGCCGGAUUGUUUGUUGUGACACAUUUUAGCCACAAACUCAUAAUAGAUCUAUACAUCCGACCGCAAGAUAAAAUGACAGAUACUAUCAAAAAUGAAGAACCCGAGCAAUCCAAGGAGUAAAGGGUUAAACCUUAUCCAUGCAUCUUAUUAGUAAAUAAAACAAAACUAUCAUGGCAAACAGUCGCAAACCUCAACAAAUAAAAAAUGAAACAAACAGGAGAAAGAUUAUAUCGAGAGGCAAAGGAAAAAGAAAACUUGAUUGCAAAUCUAAAGGCAAAGCAAAGACCUGUAUGAUAGUAAAUAAAGGAGUAGACGGUAAAAACAAAGCAAGUAUUUCAUUACAAAAGAAAAGAAAAGGAAUUACACAAGUAACAGAAACUAGUCAGGAGCUGGAACCCAGCACCUUGCAGGAGCCCAGCACUUCAGAGGAGCCCAACACCUUGCAGCCGCAUGAGGCCAGCACUUCACAGGAGCCCAGCACCUCACAGGAGCCCAGCACUUCGCAGGAGCCCGGCACCACGCAGGAGCCCAGCACUUCACAGGAGCCCAGCAGCUCCCUGCAGAACCAACUUGAACCAAGCAAGACAUCAACUGAGAUUGCAACCAGUAAUGGGAAAAAGCUUAAAUGUAAGAAUAAAAGAACACUUCAUCGAAAUGAUAAAACAACAGGCCCUUCAAAAAAGAAAAAGCGAAGGGCAUAUCCUCAGAGCAGUGUAAAAACUAGAGGGCAGCUUGCCAAGCAGCUUGGUGAAACAAGGUUUAUGUUUGACAACUCUUUCAACUGUAAAUGCCCUGUUAGUGAGCACAGCACCUUUUAUGUGAAUGGGAUUAAGAACCAUGGCUGUAGGUGUGGUCGAAGAUUAUUUGAGUUCAUGAAGAUCACAGGCCAGCUUGACAAAAAAGAGUUAGACCCACUUGUAGAGACAAAUGACGAUCAGCUUGCUAAACUAUCCAUUGAAAUUCUCUGCUACAUUUUCAAAUAUCUUCCCUUCAAGGAUGUUUUGUGUAUGGAGUCAAUGUCAUCUAAGAUUCAAAAAGCUGUUCAUGCGAGACUGAAGCUUUUGAAAGAGAUAGAUUUAAUGGAAGAUAUUGCUGAUCACAGACUCUUUGAAGAUGGAUUGCCAAAGCUGACUAACUUUUCCCUUAUGUGUCUAAUGAACAAGCUUCCAAGCGUAAAACAUAUUUACAACUUCCAUCCAGCCAACCUGUCAACAGUUCACAACAGCAGCAAAAAUGGCAAGAAAGAUCUGUCUGUGAUGGGAGUCGUGUCAGCCCUGAUGUCGUCAAAGACAUUAGAGGGAAUAGAAAUUUCAAAUCUUGAUCUACUUGAGGUGAUAAGUGCUGACCUACCCCAUGUUAAGAUUCUGAACAGGUUUGCAAAUAGAGACCGUCUGUUUCCCUCCCAAACCGGGCCCUGUAGAGUACUGAAGGAAGAGAUGAGGGUUACACACCUACAUUUAGUGGGCUGUAACCUCUUCCACCUCCCACCUAUGGAUAACAACCUGGAGCACCUUUACCUUAGGUUUGUCAAGUUUACCAACCACCACCCAUUCAAAGACUUCUCAGCUCAGAAGCUGAAGACAUUUGUGAUGGCCCACUGUCUCGGGCCUGACAGCGCCCUGAAGUACAUCCCUCUCCUCUCGACUCUUGCAGAUGCCACAGGGCUGUCACGCCUCGAGCUACAGGGGGUGCCCUUCCUUGGGGGUGUGAUCCAGAACAUAUGUGAGGACAGCUGGCAGAGUGGUGGUUUCCGUCGGUUACGGUCGAUCAUCAUGGCGUCAUGUAAGAGUCCUCUCGAUACAGAUCUCGGAUUUCUCAUCAUUGCAUCUGCUGCUUACCUGGAGACCUUGCACAUUCAGCCAUCCCUGACCAAGGAUGCCUUCUUCACAGCGCUCUCUGCGUCUGAUGUGACCAUCAACCCAUGCUUCGAGAAGCUCUGUCUGGGAUGGACUGAUACCUUUCCCCACCCAGAGAGAGAAGAGUGGACAAAUGCGCAUCUGUCUGCCCAUGGUUUCCAGGAGGAGGUUGACGGGGUGGCUUGGUUGACUGAUGUUGGAAUGCGGCACGUCAGCCAGAACUUCCCCAGUACACGCGUCCUAGAGAUCUCACACUGUCCCCAUCUGUCAAACCCCAUACUGUGGUUUACCCCAGGCGGCCAGGCUAUGAUAUCCCUAAAGGAGCUGAUACUGCGGGACUGUCAUGGUCUCCGUUGGGAGAAGGUGGUCGUCCUGCUUACAUUCCUCCCCUCCCUCGAGUAUCUCACCCUGCAGGACAUGUUCAAGGAACCUCCCAAAGGAUGCUCAAGGGUUGGCCUUACAGCAGGAACAGGUCUUGGUGCCGCUACCAUUCUUAUGAACAACACCAUUGCCGGGGCAUAUGCUGCAGAACAUGGCAACAACAAUCACCCUGGCAACCAGCAGCACCAUGAAAACCAGCCAGAGGAUUCUGGGAGUGACUCAGAUUCAUCCAAUGAGAGCGAAGAUGAGAAUGAACCAGCCAAUCAGAUUGAGAAGCCAACUUAUAGACAGGAGGGAGGCUAUAAUUUAAGGAAAGGUGGUCAAAAGCAGGUCUCAACACAAGGUGUACAGACUGACCCAGUUAGUGGACCGUCUGGUUCAACAGGUCAGUUGCCUGACAGGCGAAGAUCAGCUAGACUGUCUUCUAAGACAGGAGAUCCUAAUACUGAAGAAAUCAAUGAUCAAAGCCAAGAAAAGGAAUCCAAUGAUGCUGUUAGAGAAGGAGAAGGAGACUGUACUGAAGAGAAAGAAACUAGUACUUGUAGCACAUCUGUAGAUGAUGUUACAGAUACGAUGGCCAGUACGUCUAAGAGAGGGAAAGCCUUGGUGACCAAGAAAGGACUGGUUUGUAGGGUAAAGUCCAGCAAGAAUGUUUCACCUCCGGAACAGUCACCUGACUCUAGCCAGGAGAAGCCUGCAGCUACCUCAGCCAAGAAGAGAGCGUGUAUAUGUCGUCGUGAGGUGCAUGACUCCAGCGUACAAGUUAGUUAUGAGGACAUUCGGGCUGCUACACAGAAGGUGGGCCCAGGGAAGGGGAAGGGCUCAAGUAGGGCCGGAAAAGGGGGCAAGCUGGUUAUGCCAGGGAAGUAUAUGUCGAAGGCUGCAGAGCCCCCACCAGUGUGUCCACGUCACAAGACAGGUAGACUGGGUCUUCCGAGGGUGGAAGUGUGUGACCAGAAUGACAGCACGCGUGACCCAGUCUGGGAGGAAGAUGAGAAGAGGGCGAUGGUAUUCCUCCAUCGAAGAUUGCAGUACCUGCGACUGGACAAUGUUGGGGUGACUCACCUCGACAUCUUCUGCUACAACCUCAACACUCUCUCCAUCAGUCGAUGCUCCACUCUACGUAAGGUGAACUUGAAGGAGGCGCCCUACCUCACCAACAUUCACGUGUCUCAGUGUCGCAAGAUGGACGAGACACACCUUCUGGAGGGGCUGUAUGAGUUGCCACCCAACACCAGCAAGUUUGUCUCCCUUAGACCACUCAAACAUAUGGAUGAGAAUUUCUACCAUGACCUGAUGUUCUUCAAUGACUUUUUUGGCCAGAAGUUUGGCACGUUGAUGCUGUUUGAUUAUAGCCCCACCCCCACCAGGACCCUGUAUAACAAGCAGCGCAUGAAGUCAUGGAUCGUGCCCAUGGAAAGGCUAGCUAGGGAGGUUGUCUCAGACUACGGCUGGCAGCUGUUUAAUGAAAUGGAACAUCCAAACAAGGGGAUCUACAAGCAAACAGGUUACAGUGAAGAUGGCAGUCCAUGGACUCUACACAUGGAUGUGCCGUGGAUUUCAUUGCUCUCAGAAUGCGUUACCAUGGAGCCAAAGAAUAUGAAACAUCCAGACUGGCGCAAAGAGGGAGUGUAUUGUCCAGAAGCCAAGGGUCAUUUCAGCUUUGCAGACUUCUAUGUGGACAUACAAGACGAAAUUGCAUCAUUCCCCCCUGACCAGACUGGCUUAUACUUGUGUAACAUCCUCACAUGCAUUAACUUGUGUGAUGUAUCGGGAUCUCCAACAGAAGAUGCCUUGUAUGUUGUGUAAUAUUAUCACAUGAGCAUACUUUUAACUCAACCAGGAGAUACUGUUUACAUUGUGUAACAUUAUCACAUGAGCAUACUUUAACUCAACCAGGAGAUACUGUGUACAUUGUGUAACAUUAUCACUUGAGCAUACUUUAACUCAACCAGGAGAUACUGUGCACAUUGUGUAACAUUAUCACUUGAGCAUACUUUAACUCAACCAGGAGAUACUGUGCACAUUGUGUAACAUUAUCACUUGAGCAUACUUUAACUCAACCAGGAGAUACUGUGCACAUUGUGUAACAUUAUCACUUGAGCAUACUUUAACUCAACCAGGAGAUACUGUGCACAUUGUGUAACAUUAUCACAUGAGCAUACUUUAACUCAACCAGGAGAUACUGUGUACAAUGUGUAUAGGGCCAAAAACAACUGCUGGUUCAGUACCCUACCUAUGAAAAAGGAAGAGAAAAAAAACAUUGUUUGUUCAUUCUCACAAUGGUUAAAUGCUUGAUAUGAAUUAUCUGGAUUCCAGGAAUUACACAUAGGAUGACCAGUCCUGUGUAAUCUGUACCAUUGUCAUAUUUUUUAACAUGCUUGAUAAAUCUUCAAUCUACUAUAACUAGUUGGCCAUACUAUAAUAUUGGGAAAACAUGCUGUGUUAUGUAGGUUUUUGUUGUGUCUAACUCAGAUAUAUUUGAAUGCAUUGCAGUGGCAUUUUGCUUUUAAAUAGUCAUAUCUAUUUCUUUGAGAAAACAAUCUAACUUUGUUAAUGAUCAUUGUUAGAAACAGUAAAUUACUUUAAAACCGUU